AUGUACUCCUGGAAACUCUCUAGCAAGUUCAGGUUUGGACGCUCCAAGGAAAAGGACGAGAAACACCACCAAAAGCACCUCGAGGAGCUCGAGCAGGACGCCAACGACACCAGGUCCUCAGUCGACCGCAAGGCUACCAUCGUUCCAGGGUCAGCUACAGUUGUACAGUCACGUGCAAGCACAGAUACAAGAGCUACUUCCGAUGACAACAGCACGAUGAGCCAGGGAUACCCUCAGGGCUACCCUCAGGGCCAGGGCUAUGGCCCUGGUUCUGGCAGUGGCCAUGCCUCAGGGCACGGUACUGGCACGUUUACCGAAGGAUCUAGCUCCACAGACGUCUCGAGAGAAAGCGUUACCGUUUCAGGGGCCCAAGAUCUCGAGUCUGGAGACUCCCACUUCAGCGAGAACGCUGCUCCCAAUGGUGCCACAGGAACCUCCACCAAUGGCCACACCAACGGCAUGUCUUCCUUCCAGCAACAGCAGCAGAACUUGUUGCAACAGCAGCGUCAGCAAGAAGCUUUGGCCCAGCAGCAACAAGAAAAUACAGCAGCAGCAGCAGCAUCAGCCAUGGCUGAUUCUGCCACCUCACCACCGCUCACCACACACUCCUCCAACGGGAUUCUCACCGUCAAGAUAUACUGUGGUGACGCUUUCAAGUUGCCCUUGCCCAUCGCAUAUAACGAACAAGUGCUCAGCAAGUUGUUGAGCAGCGGCGUAGACGUCACAAGCACCACGCAACAGGAAUCCCUCGAAGAAUUGAUCCAGAGCAUGCACGGCCUCUCGUUGCUGAAACAAGACGAGAGUAAACUGCUUUCCGGAGACGAUGCGUCCCAAUUCAUCCCGGCAAGCGUCAUCUUGCCCGGGUCCAAGAACCGCAACUCGUUGCUAUACUUCACCAUCGAGUUCGACAACACAAUCGCAACAAUCGAACCUGAGUCCGGGACUUUAAACAGACCAAUCUUCAACAAAAUAUCGACCUUCGACGUCACAAGACGCUUGCCCUACUUGAAGAUCGACGUGUUCGCCAGGAUCCCCUCGAUCUUGCUCCCAUCGCAAAACUGGCAAGAAACGCAAGCGGCCCAAGACCCGGUCUUGAGCGAUUACGUGCAAAAGAUCAAGAGCAACAACGAUAUCCACUUGGACUCGUUCCAGCUCCCACUGAACCUAAAGAUCGACUCUGCCUCCAACAUCCGGUUGUACAACCACCAGUGGAUCGACUUGGACGCCAAGAUGGGCAAGUUGAACAUCAGUGUCGACUACAAGCCCUCGACGCACAAGCACUUGUCCAUCGACGACUUCGACUUGUUGAAAGUCAUUGGUAAAGGGUCGUUCGGGAAAGUGAUGCAGGUACGCAAACGGGACACCAACAAGAUCUACGCGCUAAAGGCGAUCAGGAAGUCGUACAUCGUUUCGAAAUCCGAAGUAACGCACACGCUAGCGGAACGUACCGUGUUGGCCCGUGUGGACAAUCCGUUCAUCGUUCCAUUGAAAUUCUCGUUCCAGUCGCCAGAGAAGUUGUACCUAGUGUUAGCGUUCAUCAACGGUGGUGAGUUGUUCUACCAUUUGCAAAGAGAGGGCAGGUUCGACCUCUCGCGCUCGAGGUUCUACACGGCAGAGCUCUUGUGUGCGUUGGAGACGUUGCACGAUUUCGAUAUCAUCUACAGAGACUUGAAGCCCGAGAACAUUUUGCUCGACUACCAGGGCCACAUCGCGUUGUGCGACUUUGGGUUGUGUAAGUUGAACAUGAAGGACCAAGAAAAGACCACCACGUUCUGCGGUACUCCAGAGUACUUGGCGCCAGAACUCUUGUUGGGACAAGGGUACACCAAGGUGGUCGAUUGGUGGACGCUUGGUGUGUUGUUGUACGAAAUGCUGACGGGACUCCCACCAUACUACGACGAAGACGUGCCCAAGAUGUACAAGAAGAUCUUACAGGACCCAUUGCGGUUCCCUGAUAACUUUGACAAGGAUGCCAAGGAUCUUUUGAUCGGGUUGCUAUGCAGGGACCCCAAGAGGAGGUUGGGGUACCAUGGGUCAGACGAGAUCAAGUCGCAUCCGUUCUUCCACCAGUUGAGCUGGAAACGUCUCAAGAUGAAGGGGUACAUUCCUCCAUACAAGCCACCGGUGAUGGGUGCCAUGGACACUAGUAACUUUGACCAAGAGUUUACGAGGGAGAAGCCUGUUGACAGUGUGGUGAAUGAGUUUUUGAGCGAGUCUGUGCAACAGCAGUUUGGAGGCUGGACCUACGUUGGGUCAGAGCAACUGGGCCAGUCGAUGCUUCCUGACAAGUCGUUCCAAACCUAG